AUGUAUAGCGUGCAGUCGGCGGCGGACGACGUGACAUCGCUGGCGCUGGAGUGCGGCGGGCCGGCGGCGGCGGAGCGGGCGCGGCCCGUGCUGGAGCAGACCUCCCGGGCGCUGGCCGAGCGGCUGCGGCUGCUCGAGGCGCAGGCGGAGGCGGCGCGCGACCGGCUGGCCGGCGCCGCGGCCGCGCUGGCCCACUUCCAGGAGAAAGUAAAGGGCGUGUCCCACGACCUGUCCGAGCUGGAGAAGGAGCUGGACGGCAUGAAGGCGCCCGGCCGCGACGUGAAGACCGUCCGCCAGCAGCUGGACGAGCUGGGCCGCUUCUACAAGCGGCUGGAGGGGGCCGACGAGCUGGUCGCCGGCGCCGAGAGGGCCGCUGAGGGCCUGCUCGACGACGGCCACUCCGUGGACCUGACCAGCACCAGAGAUCAAGUGGAAGGUCUUCGCAAGAAGCUGGCCAAGCUGGACGAGCGAGCGCGCGCCAAGGAACAGGACCUUGACGACACCCUGAGCAAGCUGGAGGCCUUCUACAAGGCCUACGACUCCGUUAUGGACGACGUGCAAGAGGCGUCGGAGCAGGUGCGCGGCCUGAAGCCGGUCUCCUCCGAGGUGGAGCAGAUCCGGUCGCAGCAGCGGGACUUCGCCGAGCUGCGGCGGCGCUCGCUGGAGCCGCUGGGCGCGAACGUGGCGCAGUGCAACCGCAUCGGCCAGGGGCUGGUGCGCUCCGCCGCGCAGGGCGUCGCCACCCAGCAGCUGGAGAGGGACCUGGAGAAGAUGAACGACCGCUGGAACGCGCUCAAGGAGAAGAUGAACGAGAGGGAGCGUCGCCUGGACGUGGGGCUGCUGCAGUCGGGCAAGUUCGCGGAGGCCCUGGCCGGCCUGGAGAAGUGGCUGGCCGACACCGAGGACAUGGUCAACAACCAGAAGCCGCCCUCGGCCGACUACAAGGUGGUUAAGGCGCAGCUGCAGGAGCAGAAGUUCCUGAAGAAGAUGCUGAUGGACCGUCAGAACUCGAUGUCGUCGCUGUUCGCGAUGGGCAACGAGGUGGCGGCCGGCUGCGAGCCGGCGGACAGGAAGGCCGUCGAGAAGCAGCUCAAGGGCCUCAUGCAGAGAUUCGACGCGCUCACCGACGGCGCCCAGCGGCGGAUGCUGGACCUGGAGCAGGCCAUGCAGGUGGCGAAGCAGUUCCAGGAACAGCUGCAACCGCUGGUCGAGUGGCUCGGAGGCGCCGAGCGGCAGGUGAAGGCCCUGGAGCUGGUGCCCACUGACGAGGAGAAGAUCCAGCAGAAGAUCAGGGAGCAUAAGAUCCUUCACGACGACAUAAUCUCGAAGCAACCGCCGUUCAAGCAGCUGACCGAGACCGCCUCCACCCUGAUGGCCCUGGUCGGAGAUGACGAGGCGACGAGCUUAGCUGACAGGCUGCAAGCCGCCACCGACAGGUAUCAAGCGUUGGUCGAGCACAGUCUGAACAUCGGCGACUUGCUGGACAACUCGCGCAAGGGCCUGCGCCACCUGGUGCUCACGUACCAGGACCUGUCCGCCUGGAUGGACCUCAUGGAGCAGUACCUGGCCAAGAGGAAGGUCCUGCCCGUGCACAUGGAGAAGCUGCUCAGGCAGAUGGACGAGCUCGCUGAGAAGACGGAGGAGAUAGCGUCGAAGCAGGAGGCGGUGGACAGCACGGUGGAGUCGGGGCUGGAGCUGAUGCGGCACAUCUCUGGCGACGAGGCGCUGCAGCUGAAGGAGAAGCUGGAUGCGCUGCAGCGGCGCUACGGCGAGCUGGCCGCCAGGGGCGCCGAGCUGCUGCGCCUCGCCUCCGACACGCUGCCGCUGGUGCAGCAGCUGGCCGCCAGCCACGCCAAGUUGACCGAAUGGAUGGCCGGCGCCGAGAGCGUCCUGCAGUCCGUUGAGCCUCGCGAGGAGGACAUUCUCAGGCUCGAAGCAGAGAUCCAGGAGUACAGGCCAGUCCUGGAGAACAUCAACCAGAUCGGACCACAGCUGUGCCAGAUAUCGCCGGGCGAGGGCGCCACCCACGUGGAGGGGAUCGUGACGCGCGACAACCGCCGCUUCGACGCAAUCGCCGAGCAGGUCCAACGCAAGGCCGAGCGAGUAUUGCUCAGCAAGAAGCGCUCGCUGGAGGUGGUGGGCGACAUGGAGGAGCUGGUGGAGUGGCUGCGCGGCGCCGACGCAGCCCUGCGCGGGGCGGAGCCGCCCGCCGCCGCGGCGGCAGCCCUGCGCGCGCAGCUGCAGGCGCAGCGGCCCCUCGCGGACGAGGUGGCCGCGCAGCGGGUGCGCGCCAGGGACCUGCUCGCCCAGGCCAAGAAGGUGAUCCGCGAGUGCCAGUCGAGCGAGGAGGCGGGCGUGAUCCGCGACCGCAGCGAGGAGCUGCGCGAGAUGAUGGACGAGGUGGGCAGGCUGAGCGCCGCGCGGCUGGCCGCGCUGGAGCAGGCGCUGCCGCUGGCGGAGCACUUUGCAGACACGCAUCACGGACUGUCGUCUUGGCUUGACGAGAUGGAGGAUCAAAUACAGAUGUUGGCUAUGCCGGCGCUUCGCCCGGAGCAGAUCGUUCAGCAACAGGACAAAAAUGAGUUGCUGCAACAGUCGAUAGCCGGGCACAAGCCGCUGGUGGACAAGCUGACGAAGACCGGGGAGGCGCUCUCCCGCCUCUGCGGCGAGGACGACGCCGCCAAGCUGCAGGACGUCGUCGAGGCGGACUGCGAGCGCUACGGCGCGCUGCGGGCCGAGCUGCGCCGCCGCCAGCAGGAGCUGGAGCAGGCACUGCAAGAGUCAUCGCAGUUCUCCGACAAGUUGGAGGGCAUGCUUCGCGCGUUGGCGGGAACAGCAGACCAGCUGCAACACGCUGAGCCGGUCUCUGCGCAUCCGCCAAAGAUUCAGGACCAAAUCGAGGAGAACAACGCGCUGGCCGAGGACCUGGAGAAGCGACAGGAGGCGUACAACGCGGUGCAGCGCGCGGCCACCGACGUCAUCAGCAAGGCCAACAAGAGCGACCCCGCCGUCAGGGACAUACGCAACAAACUGGACAAGCUCAACAAGCUGUGGGACGAGGUGCAGCGGGCGAGCGGCGCGCGCGGCUCGUCGCUGGAGGCGGCGCUGGAGACGGCGCGCCGCUUCUGGCAGCAGCUGCGCGCCGUGAUGCGCACGCUGGCCGAGCUGGAGGACGCGCUGGGCGCGCAGCCGCCGCCCGCCGCCCAGCCCAGGGCCAUCCAGCUGCAGCAGGUGGCGCUGCAGGAGAUCCGCCACGAGAUCGACCACACCAAGCCCGAGGUGGAGAAAGUGCGCAAGACCGGCUCCACGCUGAUGUCGAUCUGCGGCGAGCCGGACAAGCCCGAGGUGAAGAAGCACAUGGAGGACCUGGACAGCGCGUGGGACAACAUCACCGCGCUCUACGCCAGGCGGGAGGAGAACCUCAUCGACGCCAUGGAGAAGGCCAUGGAGUUCCACGACACCCUGCAGAACCUCCAAGAGUUCCUGGACACAGCCGAGGACAAGUUCUCCCACAUGGGGCCCCUGGGCUCGGACAUCGACGCCGUCAAGCGCCAGAUCGCGCAGCUGGCCUCUUUCAAGCAGGAGGUCGACCCCCACAUGGUGAAGGUCGAGGCCCUCAACAGGCAAGCGCAGGAGCUGACGGAGCGCACGUCGUCGGAGCAGGCGGCGGCCAUCAAGCAGCCGCUGACGGAGGUGAACGCGCGCUGGUCGGCGCUACUGCGCGGCAUGGUGGAGCGCCAGCAGCAGCUGGAGCGCGCGCUGCUGCGCCUCGGCCAGCUGCAGCACGCGCUGCAGGAGCUGCUCGCCUGGAUCGAGCACACCGACGCCACGCUCGACACCCUCAACCCGGUGGCUGGCGAGCCGCAGGUGCUGGAAGUGGAGCUGGCCAAGCUCAAGGUGCUGGUGAACGACAUCGCGGCGCACCAGGCCAGCGUCGACACGCUCAACGAUGCCGGCGCACACAUCGUGCAGCACGAUUCAGGCAGCGAAGAGGCAGGAGAGACGGCCGAGAAAUUGGCUACGCUGAACAAGAAGUGGCGCACGCUGCAGCAGAAGGCGAGAGAUCGCCAGACUGAGCUGGAAGACGCAUUGAGAGAAGCGCAAAGCUUCAACGCUGAGAUCGGUGACCUGCUGUCUUGGUUGUCGGAGGUGGACGCGGUCAUCGCCGCCUCGAAACCCGUUGGCGGCUUACCAGAAACCGCCUCUGAACAGCUCGAGAGGUUUAUGGAGGUUUACAACGAGAUCGAAGCCAACCGGCCCAAGAUGGAGGCUGUACUGCAGCAGGGCCAGGAGUACCUCAAGCGGCAGGAGAAACCCAACCCCACAUCUCAGCUCCACCACAACCUCAAGAACCUCAAGUCGAGAUGGGAUAACGUGACAUCCAGGGCCUCUGACAAGAAGAUCAAGUUGGAGAUAGCCCUGAAAGAAGCCACCGAGUUCCACGAGGCGCUGCAGUCUUUCGUGGACUGGCUGACCAGCGCCGAGAAGACCCUCACCUCCGCCAAGCCCGUCUCCAGGCUCAUGGAAACUCUGCUAACGCAAAUGGAGGAGCACAAGGCGUUCCAGAAGGAGGUGGCCACGCACCGGGAGACGAUGCUGCAGCUGGACAAGAAGGGGACGCACCUGAAGUACUUCAGCCAGAAGCAGGACGUGAUCCUGAUCAAGAACCUGCUGGUGUCGGUGCAGCACCGCUGGGAGCGCGUCGUGGCCAAGGCGGCCGAGCGCACGCGCGCCCUGGACCUGGGCUUCAAGGAGGCCAGGGAGUUCGCCGACAUGUGGAACAAUCUCAUGAACUGGCUGGCAGACACCGAGCAACAGCUCGACCAGCUCAACUCCGAGGCAAACGUCAACGACCCAGAGAAGAUCAAGCAAAGGCUGAACAAGCACCGGGAGUUCCAAAAGGCGCUGGCCGCGAAGCAGCCCGCCUACGACCUGACCACGAAGAGCGGCAAGAACCUGAAGGACAAGGCGCCCAAGGGAGACGAGCCCACGCUCCGGACCAUGCUGGCGGACCUCAAGGCCAGGUGGACCACCGUCUGCUCCAAGGCCGUCGAGAGGCAAAGGCGCCUGGAGGAGGCGCUGCUGUACUCGGGGCAGUUCAAGGACGCGAUGUCCGCGCUGCUCGACUGGCUGAGGAAGCGCGAGAAGCAGCUGGCGGGGGACGCGCCGCUGCACGGCGACCUGGACACCGUCAUGGCGCUCAUCGAGCAGCACAAGCAAUUCGAAGAAGACUUACAUUCCAGAGAACAGCAAAUGCAGUCUGUAAUGAAGACUGGCAAAGACCUCGAGGCUACGGUUCCGGUCGAGGACGCUGCAAGCAUCAAACAGCAGUGCAGCGAACUCAAGCAAGCCUGGGAGACGGUUCAAAGCCUCAGCGAGAAGAAGGCGCAAAAGUUGGAAAUCGCCCUUAAAGAGGCGGAGCGGCUGCACCGUUCGGUGAACAUGCUGCUGGAGUGGCUCUCGGACGCGGAGACGCGGCUGCGGUUCUCGGGCCAGCCGCCGGAGGGCGAGCCGGAGGCGCGCGCGCAGCUGCUCGAGCACGAGCGCUUCGCGCGCGAGCUGGCCGACAAGGCGCGCGACAAGGACGACACGAUCGCGCUCGCCCGCUCCAUCCUGGCGAAGGCGCACCCGGACGCGGUGGCCGUCAUCAAGCACUGGAUCACCAUCAUCCAGAGCCGCUGGGACGAGGUGUGGCAAUGGGCGAUGCAGCGUGGCAGCAAAUUGGAGGCGCACAUGCAGAGCCUCAAAGACCUGGACUUGGUGCUGGAGGAGCUAUUGCAAUGGCUCACGGGACUCGAGAACACCUUGAUAUCAAUGGAAUCCGAACCACUGCCGGAGUCGAUCGAACUUCUAGAAGGCCUGAUAGAAGACCACAAAGAGCUGAUGGAGCACACGCAGAAGAGGCAGAACGAAGUCGACCGCGUCUGCAAAGCUUACCAGGUCAAGAGUCAGAGCCAAGGGCGGGACACGACGCCGCGGAAGAUCUCCGCCAAGAGCGCCACGAAAGGAAUAGCCGGGCGCGGCUCCCAGCACGAGCUGCACAGGGAGAGGUCCACCUCGCCGGACUACUACGGAAGCAGGCGCUUCAGCCGCGCGAGCCCCAGCCGCGAGACUCCGGACCGCAACCUGCCGCACUACGGCCCGAGGUUCCCGCCGCGGGGCAGCAAAGGCGCCGAGCCUGAGUUCCGAUCGCCGCGCGUGAAACAGCUGUGGGACAAGUGGCGCACCGUGUGGCUGCUGGCGUGGGAGCGACAGAGACGGCUGCACGAGCGUCUCGCUCACCUCAAGGAGCUGCAGCGCGUGUCCAACUUCAGCUGGGAUGAGUGGAGGAAGCGGUUCCUCAAGUUUAUGAACCACAAGAAGUCCCGUCUGACGGACCUUUUCCGCAAGAUGGACAAGGACAACAACGGGCUCAUACCGCGGAACGAGUUCAUGGACGGCAUCAUCAACACCAAAUUCGACACGUCCCGCCUGGAAAUGGGCGCCGUCGCGGACCUGUUCGACAGGAACGGCGGCGGCCUCAUCGACUGGGAGGAGUUCAUCGCCGCUCUCAGGCCCGACUGGGUGGAGCGGCGCGGCCCACCGACAGACGCGGACAAGAUCCACGAUGAGGUGAAACGGCUGGUCAUGCUGUGCACAUGCAGACAGAAGUUCAGGGUGUUCCAGGUCGGAGAAGGGAAAUACAGGUUCGGCGACUCGCAAAAACUGCGCCUGGUUCGUAUCCUACGCUCCACCGUGAUGGUGCGCGUGGGCGGCGGCUGGGUGGCCCUGGACGAGUUCCUCGUCAAGAACGACCCCUGCAGAGCUAAGGGACGCACGAACAUCGAACUGAGGGAACAGUUCAUACUGGCCGAUGGAGUUUCACAGAGCAUGGCAGCGUUCCGACCGCGUACGCCCCGCUCUAACACAAACACACCACCGUCCACCGGACCAAUCACUAAGCUGAGGCCUAUUUUUGAGGCACUAAGGCAACGGGAAGAGCUCCCGUGCUCGUACCCGCUGCACGUGGGCUCGACGCAUGGCACUAAGCAAGCUUUCAUUUACGGACACUCAAGAUCUCAAGGUUCAACGACGCCGGGCGCCCACCACUAUACUCAUCACCAUGGAUACCAGCCUUCUCCAGGAUGUCACUGGGUAAGGGAACGCACCGCUCGCUCGGUUCCCAUGUCCGGUACGGGUGCUACUGGACGAGCAUCCCGUUCUUCCCUAAGUGCCGGCACUCCAGACUCCCUCAGUGACAAUGAAGCUGCCAGUGGACUCGGAACUAGAUACAGGAAGCCCAGUGUUCCCAGAUCAACACUAACCCCUGGUGGAUCAAGGCCUGGUUCCAGACCUGGAUCUAGGACGGGCUCGAAACCACCGUCCAGGCAUGGAUCAAACUUAAGCCUGGAUAGCACAGACGACGUAUCUACCCCAUCUCGCAUUCCGAUGCGCAAAGUGACAAAUACGAGGACCUCAACCGCGCGGGCUGCGGCCAACGCCAGCAAACUUGGCGUGACAACGCCCAAUGGGGGCUCACGGCCAAGAACACCAACAGGCUUCCUUACACCAGCCAGUGGGAGGUAUACAAGCGGAGGGAUGUACCGCACUUCCAGUAUACCAACACUCUCACCAGUACCGGCGCUAGCGAGCUCAACACAUUCCCAGCCGUCCUCGAUGGCGUCCGAACAUCCCAAAUCUCUUUCGCACAACCAUCCAGCAUUCCUGACCCAAGGCUCCACAAAGAUACCCGUCUACGUGGGUAAUCGCUCGCGCAGGUCACCCUCGGCUGAUCGCGGUUCGAAGGCGUCCCGCCAAUCCCACUCCAGGGAAUUAUCCCAGGAACCCAGCCCCACUUCCCACAACCCCUCGCGGAAGUCCGACCAGAGGAGUCCCGAAGACGACUCCUCGCUCUUCAGCAUAUCGGGAAUGACGAGCGACAAUGAGUACGAAAGUAACAUGAGCGAGUCGAGCGGCGAAGCACCAAAGCCGACUCAGCGCGACGGCAAAGGGCAAAGGACGCCGUCGGGCAGCACCACUCCAGUACGAGCCGGCCAACAGACCGCGACUUCCCGCUUGCUUCGCAAGAAAUCGGACGCGUCUGAAAACGGCGCCCCCACCACGCCGCUCGCCCGACGCGGCACCCCGGCCUCUAAGACCACGGAGAAACGAGAGCCCUUCCGACUG